CAACUACUCUCCACUCUCUCUCUUCUCUUUGAAGUUUCAACCAACACACGCCACGUGGACUCCCCCUUUCUCUCUCACACACACGCACGCACGAAGGUGCAGAGGCGCAUUUUAUCUUCUCCUCUUUUCGACGUAGAACUCCUCCCCAUUCCACCCCCCUUCCGUGGACUCACACCUGCUUUUACGGUUACCGCGAGAUGGAGGUGACAGUUAAAGGAGCUUCACUAACGUGCGCGGCGGGGCCGCUUUCUUUCCUGCUCCUCCUGGUCAAAGCUCAUCUGCUCUACACAGCUCAGUUGCAGGCCUUUGCAAAAUUUCUGAUGCUGACAGCAACAAAAGACCAAACAGAAGCUGUGGAUACUGAGGGAGGAGCUGGAGAGGACAGUGACGGCGAAGCUGCGGCAGCCGGAGGCUCUGCGGAGGACGAAGGCGAAUAUUCCGAGGAAGGCGAACAGGGGAACGAGGCUGACAGCAACGGUAAGGCCAAGAAGGGGCCGGGAGGGGCUGGUGAAGAGGAUGAGGAUGACGACGACGAAAACGAUGCUGCCAAUGGGCAUGAUAACGAGGACGAUGAGGACGACGAAGAUGAUGAGAAUGAGGAUGGAGACGACCCGGAUGCUGCUGAGGACGAGGAUGAGGAGCCGGAGGAUGAGGACGAGGAGGAGGAAGACGAGGAAGAGGAGGAACUUCAGCCUCCGAAGAAGAGAAAGAAGUGAAGCAGUGGUUAAUUUUAUUAGAGACCUAAUUUACCAUUUAUUUCACUAGAGAGAAGAACUUGGCUCUCAGUUGCUUAAUUUUACCUCAUGUUUUGAAUUCAUAUCCUACUCUGACAAUAUUUGAUCCAAGAAUAUUUCUCUAGGAAACUUAUUUGAAUUCAGUUCUAUCUUUUAUUUACUGAA